UUUGAGGCGAACAAUAAUGGCUGCGUUCGUGUGUGGUGAAUGACGUUUUCGGUGGAAUAGUGCACAGUCUCCAUGAAAAACUUGACAUUCGUAAUUCUUACAGAUCAAAGUUUCAAAUAAGAAACUCCCGCCAUUAGUGAAUCAUGGCGAACGCAUCAAAUGUUUUCCGGGUUGGAGGUGAGUGAUCACACUAGAAACUUCGGAGAAUUUUUCACUGAAAAGCUUCAUUUUCCCCCCUUGAGGAAAUCGCAUUUAAUGGCAUGUCUUUCCUUGCCUUGCGAAUGCUUAAUUUCUCGAGUAUACUUAAAAAGGAAGUAAAUAUAUUUAUUUGAUGUUGGUGUGGAUUUUUUACGCGCGGACGAUUGCGUUAUUUUAUCCGUAUGCCGGGAGAAUGAACAAAAACCUCCGUACGGUGUACGAAUGUUAUCGGGGACUUCACUACUGCCAUUCUUUACUAGAAAACCCGAGGGAAGUCUCGUGGAAUUGAUUUGUUGUAGCCAUAAAUUGAAGGUUGUCUCAAUGAUUGUGAUUUGAUUUUAAAACGACGAAAGGAAAACCGAAAAAAACUUCACAAAUGAUAGUUUCAGGUCUGUUGAUUUGGUGCGCGCGGUUACCUGCUUAGCGGCUGUCGUUGCGACCAUGUGCGUUUUUUUGGUAGCAAACCGUAUUUCUGAUGAUAUCUGACGAUUUUAAACUGAUGUAUUGCGUUAAUUAACUUCUACUUCAACACAGAUUAUGUUUACGUUGAGACCAAUCCUGCGUUACCGUAUCAAAUACGAAGAAUUGAGGAGUUGACCAAGGUAAAAAUUUAAGGUGGCUCUGAACAUUUAUUCAUAAAUAUGUUAAUUACUAAAUUUGGUUAUGGGCUUAGAGUAACUUUCUUCUUUUUCUUCUAGACAAGCAAUGGGCAAGUUGAAGCUAAAGUUCAGUGUUUUUACAGAAAGAGAGAUUUAUCUUCAGCCCUUGCAGUUCAGGCUGAGAAACAUUUGAGUGAGUAUAGCCAAGCUGGAACAAACUAGACACAUUGCACACUUUCUUUAGUGGCUUUUAUAGUGUCUUUUUCUUUUCAACAUGUUCCAAAACACACAAUUAAAUCAUGGAAAAUGUGAAGAGCCACUAUAAUUUCCUGGAUCAGGUGUGCAUAUAGUGAGAUUUAGCUUUGGUGUAAUUUGAGACAAACAGUGUUGCUCUAUUUGUCAUAGCUGUUGACAAUGUUUUACUCUGAAAUGCCUAUGAUGCCUGGGUUUUUCAAGAUCCCUAAUUUUUCCAACUAUUGUAUGGUUUCUGUGAUGUAUGCUUUAAGACAAUUUGGUACUCAGUGAUCGUAUUGAAAUUUUUCUGCUGUUGUUCCUGUCAAGCUGUAGGCAUAGUUGUGUUAUGGUCUUAGUCCAAGCAGAUAAUCUUGAAAAGGGGGUUUGAUUUGUACAAAGGAUUGUAAUGAUGAUUUUAAGGGAAGCAAUCAGAAGUUGUGUAAUUUCAGGGUGUUAAAAAUUUUUGAAAUUCUUGGAAUUGAUGAGGAUGCCCUCCUGGGUCACAUGCUCAGAAAUUAUCUUAUAUUUCAAUGUGAAUUAUUAUCCUAAUAAAACUGAACAUUUUGGUAUUGGUUUAUACCUCAAACCUGUGACAAGCAACUUUCUCCUUGAUCUUGAAAACUUUCAUUUAUGGUAUACAUUACCUGAUUUGCAAUAUUAUAGUUAAAACAAAGUUUCAACAAAAGGAAAUUGAAUCCUAGCUUUUGUUUCAUCAUCAGUAGCACUGAAAUGGGGAAUUUUUAUCACUGUAGGUUAUCCCUCAUUGUUGGGUUUUCAGCAGUUAUCAGUUAUUACAAGAUAACUGUUGGAGACAUGAGAGUUGAGGAGGUUGUUAAGAAUACCAAGUAUUUAACCCAACAGAGGGGUUUCUAGCUGCUUAGCAGCUGUAAAUGUGAUUAAUAAUAAUCAAAUUAUUCUCAGUUUUCAUACUAAAAAAAUCUAUUGCAUAAGACUAUACUUUCUGGUCAUUUCGCUGGGUUUCUGGUAUAGUAGAAGAUUCUGAUAAUAUAGUCAGGGUUAUACUUUGGCCAAGCACAUGCACUACAGUUGACCAACAUCUGUCUUUAGGAGACUUAGAUACCUUUGUUUGUAUGAAAGUUUUUAAAAGCUUAAAAAAUCAGAAAACUGAGACAAGAGCUUUGAAGAACCAAGAUAUUUUUUAAGAACUUCACUUUGUAAUUCAACGUUGACAUGCCUGUUUUCUUACUGAUUAUUCAAUACAAUUUUGUCGCAGUACAAGCAGAAGAGGAUGCAGAAAUUGAAAUGGGUGACAGUGAAAUGGAAGAUGUGUUAAGACAUCAGCUGAUUCACAGAGAAGUGUUUUUGUCCAGACAGUAUGAAAAUAUUAAUGCCAACACCAUUAGGUAAGAAGACUUAAAAAUGUCCUAUUUUAUUCCUUAAAACUGAAAUGAAAUCUUAAGUUAACAUAUCAUUUAUUGUUAUUCCCAAAAUCAAAUCCUCAUGGCAGGUUAGAAUGCUGGGAGGAUAUGUAAUUUUGUAUGCAGUUGGUGUUGUUCAUUAAAAUGUGCAGAAUAUAUCCACAUGUCAUUUGUGUUGUAGUAAAUUAUAGCUUUUAAUUACUGAAUUUCAUGCCAAAGGUCCUGUGAUACAAUAUAAGUGAUAAAUCUUCAUAGUAACAUGCAAAAUUUCGAAGUUGUUUUAAUGAAUAGAAUUUUAAAAGUGAUAAAGAUAAUGAAAUCACCUUUAUUUUGUACCUUUAGGACUUUACCAUUGUUUUUUUACACAAAUUAUUUCCUGUCAAAUCUAACUAUUUUCUUUCACUCUUGAUAUAAACAAAGAAAAUGAUUGAGCUUUUAUCAUGGCUAGCUUAUGGACAGAAUCGUUGCUUUAAUCUGUCACUAGAAAUGUUUAAUACAUGACUGUAAUAAUUUUAGGCAAGAUGUUUAGCUUUUGCAAGGUUAAGAUUGUUUUGUAUUACAAGAUACAUUGUUCAUGUAAUGUUGUUUUGAGGUUUUCAAAUCGCUUGAAUUAGAAAGAAGAGAAGGGAAAGUCACAAAGCAGAUUUAGAAUUUGGACCACAGGAAAUUUCUGUCGAUUUUGUUUUGCAAAUAAGGCAGUUGAUGUUUCAUUGUGAUUUUGAGACAGGUCUGUGUCAUCCUAUCAUGGUACAAGCAUUGUCUGUAUAGAAUUCAAUUUAUACCAUAGAAUUGUUUCAUAAUAAUUUUCUAUGAUCCUAAGCACAAAUUUGUGCUCUUGUGGAUGUGUUUUUGUAGUACAUUUACCUACCUGUUUUGGAAAUGCUGACUUUCCCAAAUUCUACAAUAUAGUGCACACUGGUUAUUAUUGGUAAAGGUUCCAGUUUUAAAUUUUAAACUCAUACUAGGCUACUAUAAUGUCAGGUUUCCUGUUGUGUGAUCAAUAUGCAUUGUUCUUACAAAAGAAUAAUUUUACUUGAAUUGUGUGUGUUUUUUCAUGCUGUUUGUGAAUUUUGGAUAGAAUAAGAAAGAAAAAAAAACAGAAUGAAAAGCUUUUUCAUUCAGAACACUGAGAGAUCACUCCAGAAACUCAAGAUGUUUUAGAAUUUCUGGAUGUGGUACUCAAAAUAUGUGAAAUGUAUUUUCUUGGUUACAAACCAACACUUUCGCAUAACUUACAUUGUACAUUGUGCUGAUUUUAUCAAUUGCACUUGUAAUCACUGAAUAUGUUUAUUAAAUAUCUCUGUCCUUCUUAAUAAUUCAUGGAGAGUGGUGUGGUAGCUGGUACAGCAUAUGCUUGUUGUCUAAAAAUGUUUUUGUCAGGUGUCUUUUUAAAAAAAUCAGAAGUCAAGGGAAAAUCUUUUUAAAAACUCUGAACUGUGUCAAAAAUAAUUUUCCCAGAGAUUCAUGUCCUAAACUUUAUUAGCAAACAAAAGUGAACAGAUGGUUGGAACCUAUGUCUUUUUGGCACAAACUACUGUUCAACAAUAAUUUCUAAAUGAAAAUAAUGCCAUUUUGUAACAAAUGAAUCCUCAUACAUAUAUGUAUAUAUGUGUAUGGGGUCAAAAGUGAAUUUUGAAGAGUUUAGAAAUGUGUUGAUUUGUGUGAUGUUUUGUCUGUCAAAUUGCUAGCUUGUUUUUAAAUUAUAAAGUUGAUUUAUCUAUACAUUAUUGAUUUUUAAUGUUUGUUAAUGAGAGUUUGAUUUUUUGCACUGUAAUAUUUCUUUUUUUUUUUUUCAUAGAGGAAAAUGCUUGGUGACUCUUUACAAUGAGGCUGAAGUUCUACCAAAAUAUUUAGAAAAAGAGGUGUGUUCAAUAUCUUUUAUACUCCUGAUGUUUGAGGUGAUCAUGUGUUCUAUCAUACUGAUCAUAUGUUCCAUUCUUCUUGCAGGACUGGUUUCAUUACUUUCUUGUUUACGAUCCUCAACAAAAGACUUUAGUUGCUGACCGAGGAGAAAUGGGAAUAGGCACUGCUUAUCAAGCUCAAGUACCCAAAACAGCUCGUAAAGGUUAGUUAUUGACUUUGGCAGACUUUUGAAAUACCUUGUAUUUCAUACAUUGUAUGUCAUGGUUCAGUAUUUUUCUAGACCUCAAUUAACAGCAUCACAACAGAAUCUUUCCAAAGGGAAUCCUUUGUCUUGUGGUAGAAGGUCAAUAUUUCAUUUUGCUAUCAUCCACUUCUAGAAAGCAUGAAAUGUUUAAAAGACAGAAAAUGCUCUUGCAAUUGUUGACAUCUGCAUAUAUCAAAGAUCAAGUUUGCUUUUGAUGCUUGAAACAGAAUGUGAUACUUAAUUUUUUUGGGUCUUAUGUUUCAAGUGUCAGUUCAAGUUGAAAAUGUUGAUUUUAAAAAUUUUCAGUGUAAAUUAGUUAACCUGAAAUGAGUUGAAAUUGUUGUUCUUUUUAUACUUAAGGACUUCAAGAUGAUAGGGAUCUUUCUAAACUGGAAACUUUGGUUUGGAACCCAAAAAAUCCCCUGCAGGAUCAACACAUUGAUCAGUUUCUUGUUAUAGCAAGGUACACAGGACAAGCAGUAGAACAUAAUAUAUUUGUUGUUGUUGUUUUUGUUUUCUAUACCUUUCAACUUCCAAGGUCUGGUUUGUAACUCUCCCUUCUGAAUAUCAUUAAUUUCUUAGUGAAAUACUGUGACUUAAUACAUGACAUGUAAGUGUAAUAUUUUUUUUCUCAACACCUCUCUGGUCAAUGCUGUUUUGAUAUUGUAAGGAAAAGAUGCAUUUUAAUCACUGUUAAGAGGGUUACUAAACAAAUCAAACUGAUGUAAGGCUUCAUACCUAAGCCUUACCCAUGUCUUGUUCAAAUGAGAAUAAAUGCUUUGAUUCUUUCUCGUUUGGUAUGACAAAGCUUCUCAAUUGUUUUUAAAAUUUAUUUUAGAUCUGUGGGGACAUUCGCUAGAGCUCUUGAUUGUAGCAGUUCAGUUAAGCAGCCAAGCUUACACAUGAGUGCUGCAGCAGCUUCUCGAGACAUCACACUGGUAAGUUUUGAAUGAUUAAUUUCCUUUGUAGUGUGGUAUUGGUCUUUAAACGUCUUGGAACCAUUUGUGACAAUGUAGUUUCUUAGGUUAGUUGCAUGUAGCCCUUGUCCAUUGCCUUGAAGGCAUGAGUUCAAGAUCUGUCAAAGCCUGAAUUGUUUUUGUCCUUUUUUUCCCUAAAUUAUUGCAGCUUACUAAGAAUAUACUUAAAACUAUUCAUAGUUGGCUUAUACAUCAUUAUGCUUAUCAGUUAACUGUAUGUGUGAAAAUCAUUUUAAGCCCAUGUUAUUGAAUACAGCUUAUGGUAGGCAUACAGUAUUUGUCAGUAUUAUGGGCAGAUAAAAUGCACAAAGAAAAGAAGAAACAGAAUGGCAGUCAAAUUACCAAAAAAUAAAUAUGUAUAGCUCCAAAAAACAUAUUUCAUGUGGCUUCCUUUUUGUGAGCAAGAGCUCUGUGACAACUUUGCUUAAUAUAUACCAAAAAAGUCCUGUUUAUGUACUUCUUACAUCUAGCAAGGUCUGUGAAUGUAUGUUGCUUCUAAAUGAAAACAAAUGUUGUAUUUAAUUUGUUAAAAGGUAUGUCAAUUGUUUGUAGGCUAAAAAAUAAAUAAGUUUGGUAAUACAUGUACCAAAAAAAAAAAUAAUAAGUUUGUUAAUACAUGUAAAGAAACAAAGAAUCUUAUAAUAAAUAAUUUGCAUACUUGUUUGAUUUGAUGCAUUACCCAAGCCAAAAAAAAGAAAAAAAACACAAGGUUUCCACCCUAUCAGAAAAAUCAUGUUAUUGCAUAAGAUGUGCUUUCACUUGUAGUUCAGGUUUGACUCAAGACCAAAUUUGAAUAUGAUAAAUUUAGGUGCAUUCAUCAAACAUGCCAGAAUUUCUUGUCAUGCUUCAGAUCAUAUCGUUACCUUUGUAAAUCGUAUUGUUUGUUGUUAAAUUUACCUGCCCUUCAGCUGUGUCUUGGUUUGGUCUUAAUUUAAGGGAAUUUCGUUUGGGUUUGGAAUAGAUUUUCUUAUACUAAGUCAAGGUUAAAGGCAAAGUUAUUGUUGAUUAUAAUCUGAUUAGAUCUUGCACCCUAUUCAUAAUAUUUAAAUUCCUUUAUGUAAUGUGAUAUGUGAUUCAUUGGUGCAAUAUGUGAUAUCUGUUGUUUGAGAAAAUCAUUAAAGAAAGAAUUCAGAAGCACAUAUACUGAAAAAAGCCCUAAGCUUCUGGGUUUCAGUGUCAUUAGCCCUUUGAGGUUCUCCUCAGCAGGGCAGUUUAUUAUGCUGUUUGAAUGAUAAUCCUCCUUCUGGGUGGAAUUGUCAGAGGUGGUUGAAUUGAAGUAGAGUAGAAAGCUGGUGACCUUGCAUAGCAUGUGAACAGUCCUAGAGUGUGGACAGUUUUGGGUCUCCUUGAUAAUGUUGUACAUGUACAUUGAAAGACAAUAUUUUUAAACUAUCCAACUCUGUGAGAACCUUGGUUUCUACUGGAAUGUUAUAGUAUAGCAGAAAUGCCUCUAACUAUUAGUGCAUUCCUUUUUCUUGAGGUUUUCUAAUUUGUCAGAGUAUACUCUCAUUCUGCUAUUAGGGAAAUGUGGUGAGGGGAGAAUUCUGAGAAAGACCCAUCUAGGUUAAGGGGUGAACUUUAGACCACUGAGAAAUCUCUUGUGUGAAAUCCUGAGGCAAAAUACAACUUUUUCCCUUAAUUUUGUGUUCUCUGCCAUUUUGUACUCUGUUUUUAUCAAUAAUUUCAUGCUUAAUUUUGUUUCAGUCUCAUGCCAUGUGUGCUCUCCAUAAUAAUGGGUACAAUGUCAGCAAGGCAAUUGCUAGUCUGGUUCCCUCCGGUGGACCCAUUCUUUGUCGUGAUGAGAUGGAAGAGUGGUCAGCAGGUAGGUGUAUCAGAACAUUUUCUCAGUAUGCAUAUUUUCCUAACUGCUCCUUAAACAUUUUCUAGGGUGCUGUAAAAGAGAAUUUGUUUAACAAUCAAGAGCUUCUUUAUUUGGUGAUCAUUUCCUUUAUUCUCAUGAUCUUAAUGUGUGAUUGAGGGAUGAUUUUGUAAGGAGAAAUUAUACCCUUGUCUCUCUUAGUGGUUAAAGGGUUCUUGAAAGAAAUUUUGUUUUUACCUUUUGAUGAAAUUCUACUGAAGAAAAGAUCCAUGCUGAUGUAAAUGUAGAGAAGAGGCCUGUAAAAUUCCAGCCGCAAGAGGAUUCAAACCUGAGCUUCUUGGCUCAGUUGCUAGUGGCACCCAGAUAGUAUCUAGGAGGCGAGGGUUCAAUUCCUGGGGAAGCCUGAAAUUGUUCUUUCUCUUGAAGCCUGAUAUUGCAAGAUGACAACUUCAGGCUUUUGGGAAUAAACCAUGGAGUUAAUCUCAAUGAGUCUUGCAAUGAUUUCUUUUGUGGAUCAUGAAUUACUGAUCUACUCCAUGUAAAACAUUGGAUAAAUGUUGAGCGUCUUUUGUUCCCACACAGUGUGAAAUAUCAUCAUUUUAUUUUAACCACCUUCUAUCAACAAGUUCAGUUCAGCCCAAUGAAAGUAAAUUAUUUUUAAUUACCCAAGGAUAAUCACUAUCAUGCUUGGUCAAUAGUGAACUCAUUAUAUUUGAGGUAUUAUUGGUACCUUUGUGUAUGGUUUAAUUUAUGUUCAGUAACAAAUGACAAUAACAUGAUAAUGUUGGGUGAUCAUGAGUGGACAGUGUCACAAUUUCUUGGACUAUUGAUGAAAGUGCUAAAAUUAUUGUUUGAUUAUCAUAUUAGGAGAAGCAACUUUGUUUGAAGAAGCCCUUCAAAAAUACGGAAAAGAUUUUGCUGACAUUCAGAAAGACUUUGUAAGUUGUAGUUCAGUGUUCUGCCAAUGUUGAGAUCUGCACUUUUUUAUUAUUCUGUGUGUGACCUCUAUAAAGUGAUCUAUGUGGCAUCGCUGGUUAAAUCUGUGUUUUUAUUUCCCUAUAGCUUCCAUGGAAGAGUCUACCAAGUAUAGUGGAAUAUUAUUACAUGUGGAAAACCACAGACAGAUAUUUACAACAGGUUAGAGAAAAGCUUUACGGUGAAAGAAAUAUAAAUUUUCUCUACUUAAUUUGUCAUUUAUUGCCUAUUUUAUUGUUUAUUCAGCACCUGCACUUUGGUAAUAUGAUACAUAAACUCAAAUUUUUUGGAUUUCUGAUUUCCUCCAGCCAUAUACCCAGUGUUUUGCACAACUGGAGAGCAUUUUUUCCUUUAAUUGAAACAGAGAAUUUGGGUCACACAUUUUUUCAUAUUUACUGGUAAAUAAAACAAAAAAAUUGUUUGAUUUGAUCACUGGAUGCCCAAUAAUAACACUGACACUUCCCAAGUCAUUUGUUUGGUACAAAGGAAACUCUUAUCAUGUUAUGUAAAUUCUAUAGUACUUCAAAUCCUAAAAUAAAUUUUACAACUCUUAAUGGUAUUGAGACUUAGUUGACUAUUGUUGUACCUACAAAACCUAAUAUAUUAAUUUUAUUUCUACUAAUUUUAUUUCAACUUUCACACACAUUCUUAGUAUAUAAAGAACUCAUAGGAAUUAGACUAUUUGAAUUUGAGAAUGAUGAUUUUUAGUCUUGAUAAUUUUAAAAUGGAAUAAUGUUAUUUUAGAGCAAUAACAAUAAUGAUUUCAAUGUUUUUUUCAUUUACUUUAUAGAAAAGACUUAAAGCAGUCUCUAAGGAAUGUAAUCUAACACAGAUCUACAUACCCGGCCUGUAAGUACACUAAAACAUGUGUUUUUGACCUAACCAUGAGGAUAAAUUAUAUUUUCUAUGAAUUGAUGUUGGUUAAGUGUGUAGGGUUCUUAGUUGUUCUUACUUCAUUUUGUUGUCACUAGUGAUCUAUUACUAGACAGACCCACUGCAUCAUGGAAUCUACUUAUAAGAAGGUCUCAUCCACACUGAUUUGAAUACAUUUGAAAAUGCAUCUUCUCAAUUGGUUGUGCAGGACAGUGUGGUUUGAUAGAAUUGAGCUUUCCUGCACCCAUUCACACUGUCAAAAGGCCUUUGUUUAUUAAAUUACUGAAGAUAAUUAACCAUAAAUAACCUUCAGAGGAGAGUGUUCCAGCAUACAGAGCUUUUUCAGAAAAUUGUAGUUUUUUAUUUGCAGAUGGUAGAUUGAUGACAUUUUACUUGUUUUUUUUUUAGUGGUGGAAGUACAAGUCAAUCAGGGAAAAAGCAGACAUCUACGAUAAUUUUAACUCCGCCACCUGGUGUAGCAACUAACCUCAUUGGUGUUACUUGUGAAAGCUGUUAUGGUGUGUAUGAUUUACAGUUUUAACUGUAGGUAAAGCAUUAAGGUUAGGGCAUUGAAGAGGCAGCAAGUUAGUGGUCUUAGCUUGUUUUACUCCAGUUUACUGUUGUAAGGGGAGAUGAACAAGUCUUUUAUGCCAAUUGUCUGUUUGUGAACUGUCUGGUUUUUUGAACUGCAAGAUGGUUUGUAGCAGACUUAGAAACCUUUGAGAAACUUGUUUUGCACAAGAAUUAUAAUAAUGGCAAUUUUUACAACAACUGAAGAGGGUGGACACUUAUUAACUUUUCAUACUCACAGGGUGGGUUUUUAUUCAAAGUUGGGUACUUUAUGGUAACACUCUUUACUUGUGGCUGCAGGUACCUCAUCCCAGCAGUGGUACCCCUGGGGAGUUCCAAAUUCGCAACAUAAAUUCUGGCUUUGCACGUUGUGCUGGAUUUACUGGAAGAAGUAUGGUGGACUUAAAAGACCAGGUGUUUAUAUGUACAUUUUACAGCUUUUGAUGUAGGACCAGGAAUGUCUAUUCUGAGAGGCUUGUAAUUAAAACUGAAGCUUAUUACAAUGAAGCACCUGUAGAAAAAGGCCAAGGGACUGUAAAAACGCAUUCUUUUAUGACAGUUAAUUGUUAUGAAUUAACGUUUUCUAAAACAUGUAUGGACAAAAUUUGAAUUUAAACCUUUGGUCUAUAGACAAAGUACAUCAAACUAUCCCAGGCAGGUAACAUACUCGGGUUUUAAACAAUCACAAGUUGAUAAUCUGAAUCAAACAUACUCUAAAAGAGAGUGGCACAUUUCUUAGUACAAAUCAACAAGGAAACGGUGGGUUGGUAAACAUGUUGAAUUUGGACCACUUAGAUGGAAGUUCUGCUAAAUUCUGUUAUUGUUGUGAGUGGAAUAGGAACCUGGAACCUACUAAGCACAUCUUGGGGGUUAAGAAAGGAUAAACAACUUUUCGCUGAUGAAAACGCUGAUUUUGGAAAUAAUGUAACGUUUCCGACCCGUUGACCCGAUAGCCUCGCUUUUGCGUACGCUAAUAGGAAACCACUGUCCAACUAAACCACGUGUGCGGAUCUGGAAUAAGAGCUACUGUUUUUAAUAAUAUUUCUUUUGCCUCGGUGUCAGAUGGUCUGUCUGGAAAGGGUCAUGGCGGUCUUCAGCCAAGCUACACCUGCAGAGUAUGCGGCAAGGUCUUCAACAGAGCAGGUAUCUACAGAGUGACGUGUAGUUGACUUAUGGGAAAUUUAUCUGAGCAGAAAGGAAAAAACAACAACAACAACAACAUCAUCUCCAUGUUUUCAAGCAUCUUUUCUUCUAGAUUUAUCAACUCCCUCUGAUAUUUUCCUUCCCUCUGACUGGCUGUUAGGAUAACUGUGGUUUUGGUUUUACAACACUUCAUGAAAACAUCACAGUAUUCAUUGAUCAAUUUUAUUUAUUUGGUUGAUUGCUAAAUCAGGUGCAGAGUUUCCUCUAUUAUUUUGUAACAUACGUGUAAUAUUGACACACUUAAGUCGAAUAAUGCUCUCAUAUCGCAAUGUUUAUGAUGUUUAUCAACAGAGCGUCUGUCCAGUCACAUGGGAACACACAAGGUGUACAAGUGUGGGGUGUCACGAUGUGAAAAGGUAAAUUUGUCACGAUAUGAGUUGUCUGAAUUAUGAUGUGACUGUGACCUCAUGGGCACAGGCAUGAUGCAUUGGUGAGAAUGCUCUCUGUCCAGUCAUGUGACUUAGGUUGAGCACCUGGACAUUUCAGUUCUGUUAGGUGAAGAGAUUCUGGACAGAAUCAUUGUCCUCCAAGCAUGUUUUUUGUGGAACCGUUGACAUGUACAUGAAUAGCAAAAAUCUCUUGAGGCUGGCGCAAUUAAAGAGAUGUUGGGAAGUUAAACUAACCCAUUUUCAAACCCGACCUGUAGCCGUACACCCCACUUAUGAAAUGAAAGCCUAUCUUGUACAAAUGUUUUGUGAGAGUUUGUAGUUUAAUCCUAUAAGUAUUGAGGUGUUAAUGGAAAGUGCAUCCCCAUACCAAGGAAACUGAAUGUUCUCUCAGAUCUUUUUUACGCUUUUGACGCUGUUUACAUUGUAACAGUUGCACACAAUUCUGUACCUGACAACACAAUCCCAACGUUUUCGUCGUUUUGCGUCAGUGAACCUAAUGUUAAACAUGCUCUGUCAAACUUAAAAGUUUGAGUGAUUUUUGUGACUUGCAAUACUUGGCUCUACACGGUCGCUUUAACUCUUCAUUCUCAUGCAUCAUUCCUUCUUUUAGCAAAAAUUUAUGUUAAUCUCCUCCAUUCUCAGGUAUGCGUAUUUACUUGGUCCUUUUUGUUGUUGUGUUACAUCCAUUUUCAUUCUCGUCAUCACCAGGUUUUCAACUCUCGUCCCAACCUCACUCGGCACCUAACAGCCGUGCAUGGAUGCAGACCACCCAGCCCGCGUAAACUCAAACCUAGGUCACCGUUUUACAUUAGAGCCUUACCGCUGACCAAACUGGCUCGGCGGCUGUGCCAAGAUCUGUAUAAUAAAGUACAUCAUUGUCGAGUGGUCGGAGAAGCUCUGAAUAUUCAAGAAAUCAGAGCACAGUGUAAGUUUCCCACCGGUCAGUCUUCUCAUAAUUUCCUAGAGAUGUCAUGACUUUUGGACUCUUGCAUGAAAAGUUUACUCCCAAAUAUUAAAUCUUAUCAGUGCUCGUUCACGAACUUGUGUCAGUUUGGUAGGAAGGGGGCAACAGAGUCAGUCCAGACUCGUGGAUUUUUUAAAAUGUAUUCAAAUUUGUAGUCCUAUUUUGAUGACCUUGAAAGAGUAAACACGUUGAAAAUCAGUAGAAAACUGACUUUCUACCAUUGCAACUGAUAGCAAAUGAACUUUAUUGUUUUAGUAGUUAUUCCCAACCAAUACAAUGGAAUAGUCCAGUAUCGCUCUUUUGUGAUUUAAAUGUUUGUGAAUUUUUUUUUCUUUAGGUUUAAAGAGGUUAGAGACGCCUAAAGCUGAGGCUAUAAUUAAAGCGAAGAAACGGAGGGUGGAACGAAAACUUCACGAUGUUGUGGACAAGAUUAAAGCAAACCCACCAAAACCACACAAACCUCCUAAACCGUCCAAACCAACCUUACUACCCCUCCCUAAGGAACACUCACCAACCUCACCAUCCCCUCCCACUCCUACUGGUCACUCAAUUACCUCCCCUUCAAGAAAAAUGAUUCCCCCGUCGAAGAGCUAUGUACCCAUACAGCCGACCCCACCCAAGGCCAGCGACUGGAAGUACGCAGCCAUCCCCUCAGCUAAACCUGUUGUACAAAGUCAGCAAACUUCCCAGCAGACGACGAACCAUAUGAUGGCCAGGAAGCGGUCUCACGAAAGUGGCUCCGUGCAACAGAAUGGUAUUGACGGUAGGACGAUUUGUGAUUUGAAGUCCUACUGACAGAGCAAUGGCUCUACCUAGCAUCGCCCCAUAAUUGAUCGAGAAAAACUUGUGCUACUCUCCAAAGCAAUCAGUUGCAAGACUAAAACCAGUCGCUACUUGAUCACUCAUGUUUUCUUGUGCGUGAUGCUCUAUAGAAUAACGCUCAGCUUAGCAGCUCAGAAUUGCCAGCCACUUUCUGUUACCAGUGUAUUUGUUGGCUUCACAGAACUACGCCUUGUUAGUCUUCUUGUGGAAAAAUCACCCCAGCCUCGUAAUAAAUCAGAUGCAAAACUCGAAUCAAUCACGAAUUCGUUAUCGGCUUUUACUCUGGCCUCGUUAUGUUUAGAAGUUACCUGCUCCUUUAAAUUCUUUCUUUUACUUUGGUUCUGGUGUUGAAUCAAGAGUUCUCUUAUUCUUCGCAAAAUUUUAUUGUAAGAAACGAUGCGCUAUAAGGUACUGUUUGUGUUCCCGUCUACAGGUCCUUCGGCUAAACGGCUCAGUGCAACGUCACCAUUGGGGAAGAAAGGCUGUGAGUGCACCUACUGUGGAAAGAUCCUUCAUAAUCAAGGUAAGCAGUAACUCAUGUUACAGGCUGCUUUGCCGCACCAGUCUUUGUGGAGCGUAAGGCAUCGGCUGAAGAAAGUGUGAGUUUGUCAGAGAAGAUGAUGUUGGAUGAUUCCUUGUUGGGUCAAUUUCUCUUACUUCCGGGAGUUUCGGUCUUGAUUGUGAUCAAAUUGGUGGAUUUUUAGCUGAUUGUUUUCUUCAUAAAAAGAAAAUUAAAGGAAAUGAAAACGAUGUGGAGUCGGAUCUUCUAAAUUUGAUAAUAAAUUUGAAUUAUUAAUCAAAGAAAAUGAAUAGUCAUCACAAGGAAGCUUAAAAUUGUCUAGGCCGAUAGAAGGGGAAGAUAAAUUAGACAGUAUCAGAAGGAAGGAUUAAUGGAAAAUGUGUGAGUUCGGUUCUAUUGACCAGUUUGUUUAAGUUAAAUCCUAAAGGAGUGUUUUCAUUAUUAUUGACAGCGAGCUUAACACACCAUGAACAAACGAUGCACGCGUCUGCAGAGCCGCCUAAACAGCGGUCGUACCCCGCAUAUUGUGAUGUCAGCCCGGCCUUGGGUCCCGGAUCUACUAAGAUUGUGCCAUAUGCGCAGCAUUCAGUGACGUCAUACAUCAAUGGACAGCUUCAUUUAGAGCGUGGCAUGAACAAUUUGCCCAACUACUCUCCCUCAGGGGCAGCAAACAAGCCGUACCUCCUCCCAAAGCCUACAGCUCCGGUUAAGGGAAAUCCUGAGGGAGGUGUCAUAGUGAAUUCAGUGGCCACACCAGUUCCUAACAGGGUGGUGGUCGGUGAGAAUGCCAAGCCGGUGGAAAAUAGCAAGCCAAGUCCGGUGAUCAAGUCUGUAAGCUCCAAAGGUCACCACCUGAAUCCGCAGUUCAUUGAUCCACCUGAGGAAUUCCAGUUCCGCUCAAACAAACGCUCAAGGUAAUCUAAAUUUAUGCUAAGAACCUAUCGGUAGGAGGCUAAUUGUAGAAUUCUUAUCGCGUGUCUUCUUCAUCGUAUUGAUGUUCGACUUCGCUGGUCUCCAAGUAUGUUAAUGUUGAAUUUGUCCUUUCCUUGGUUUACUCAAAAUACACUACUAGCACUCGCUUUUUUGUCAGCGAAUUCGCCGCGCGAGUCCAUAAAAAUUAUGUUUGCGCGCCGUGCAGAACACUGGGGAUUAGGUGCACGGCGCGCUAAAAUCAAUUUUUUUGUUUUCCACGGAAUUUUUGACUCGUGCAACGGAUCUGGCGAAAAGAAGGAACUUCUCGUAGUCUAGACUCAAAAGCCCAUUUAGAGGUUUUGUGAAUGAUUCUCUGAGUCUUGAUAUGUUGUUCCCCGCUAGGAAAGCACGCAGAGUCUUGCCAGCGGACUCCCAAAAAAAAGUUGCGCGAAGACCGUGGAAGGAAGUGAAAUGUAGCGUGCAUCUUCGCGCCCUUAUUUACGCCAUGCCACCCCCGCCAGAAAGCGAAGCAGUGGAACCUAUUGUUAUCGACGAUGACUAAGAUGUUGAUCAGAUGCAAACUUGAAGCUCGCGUUGGGAAUGGUUAAAGAUGGCGACAUGUGUGAGUCACAUGGUAUGUGAUGUCACCACAGGCUUUGCAUGGCUUUAGAUUCAAGAAAUUAUCGAGAUUUCGUCUGUAAAACACGUGCUAUUUUGGCCGGAAUCUAGACUAUCUAAAGUUUAUGAGGUCAACAAGUAAAACUGUUCAAUUGACCUAAUUCCCUUUCGUCUCUAUUGUGCAAUUUGUACGAAGACGGUAAAUUAAUUCUUCUUUUUAAUUAGGAAAAAAAAUCUGAUACUCCCUUCUCUUUGACAGCGGAUGUCAUAUACACAUUCGCAAAUGUAUAGUAGUCUUCACUUGAAUAUACCUCAACGGAGGAGAGAGUUUACGGUGUAGAAAUUCGUUUCACUUGACUUAAGUAUUCUGUUUCAUUUUGUGGACCAAUGCAUUCCUUAGACGAUAAGUAGUAGCUGCUGAGUGUAGCAAUUAGUUAGUGCUUGAGAGGUAGGGGGUGGGGUGAUCCGAGUGAUACAUCCCCUCCUAAGGAAAUUCCUGUAGAUUUUGCUAUUCAGGUUUAGAGGUAGUAUGUGUUAGAGAGAAUGAAGAAUAUAUGAUUCAAGGCCGCCUGGGAAAGUCCUUAAGUAAAGUGUUUUGCAGUAUUGUAUUAUAGUUAUUAUGAGCGUAUAUUCGUUUUAUAUUGAGAGACCCUAUGUAUUGGAUCAGAUUUUUAUUUUAAAGUACUUUGUCUAUUAGUGUUAUAUUGUCUAUGUAAUUAUUUAUUUGGUCUUGCAGUAAACUGUAAGAGACUCGAACGCCUUCCUGGCGAGAGAGAUAAAAGCCUUCAAAGGUCAACUUUUUCGUUUCGCAUUAACCCUUAAACUCCUAAGAAUGAUUGGUAUCUAAUUUCUCCUUACUGUGUCAGUGCUGAAUCAGACGAAAGUAAUGAGAAUCAAGGAAAUGAUCGUCAACUUAAGCCCUUGAUUGUUAAACAAAUUCUCCUCGGAAAUGUACGGAGAACAGUAUGGAGAAUAUGCAUACCGAUGUUAGGGUGCAAAUGGUUAAAGGACAGUUCUCUCUUGGUCUCUCCUCUAUUCUGGCGUAGGGUGAAUGUGGAAUCGAAGUCAGCCUAAAUUGACGAAUUACAUUUAUUAUAUUUCCAAGAAAAGCUUAGGUUCCUCAGCUGGGUUUCGAGCCGCCUUUUUCGUGAAAAGUCGGUCGCAUUCAAUCAUCUUCGGCACCCUAUCGAAGUGAUUUAAAUUCUUGAAGUUCGCACUUACUCCAAGUGAAACCUGACUGUAACUGUUAACCUAACUUGAACUAUUCUAAAACGAUGAAAUAAAUUGUGUAUAGUUACUACCAAGAACGGACGUUAUUGGCGUGAAGCAUUUAACGCAACAUAGAUUGUGGCAGGGGGGGAACACCUCAAUUUUAACGGAGUUUCUGCACGCG